UGUUUGAGUUGCCUUUCCUCUCAAGAGAGUCCUGACAAUUAGGCCAAAUGAGAGGCAGCUGCUCCACCUGUCUGAAGAUGAAGGCCCACAGCACGGACUCCAUUUUGGUGACAUUCGUUUCAUUAUCAGUGCUUCUGUUGAAACAUGAAGCGCAUGCUGCUUUAAAACAAUUCCAAGCAACACUUUAUAACACCAUGAAAAAUGACACAUCAAUUUGCCAUGAUGGCUUCAUGUCUGUUUACAUAUCAAAGGUGCACUUUGCUGGUCUUCCUUUCACCAUCUAUGUUCAAGAUGAACACAGCAGAUAUUACCAAGCCAUCACUAUAGCAAAACAGUGCCACUACUUCCUUGGAGAAACAGACAGCUUUAUGGUCUUAACAGUUGCUUUCCAUGGAUGUUUUGUGAAAAGACAAAAAUCGAUGACAAAGCUGAAUGUCGUCAUCAUGGCGCUUGCAGACAGUGGCAGAGUCGAAAUUGUCAAGUCGAUACCUCUGAUCUGUGAAAGGAAAAUUAAAGAGGUGAUCAAACAUGAAAAUCCACUGGUAUCAAGAGAUGUUUUCUGCAACAAGGAAGGGUUCAACAUCACCAUCGCUCAGAAUGCCACAGUCCCACCUCUGAACCUGGAUGCAGUCUGGAUCCCUUCCAGCCAAAGCCACACUUGUAAACCCCAAAAAAGAUCAAAGGAUGCUGUCACUUUCAGCUUUCCUUUCACUGACUGCGGCACCCAAUCUGUGAUUGCAGAUGGGGUUAUAACCUACUGGGUCAAUAUUGAAGUGAAACAACAUGCACAGAAAGGCUCUAUAUUUCGAGAAGCUCCUUUCCAUCGUACUGUGCAUUGUAGCUUUGCACUGGCCCAAGCGACUCAGCUGGGCGUCAAGGUUCAGGGAGAAAAACCUGAGUAUGUGUCAACACUGAAGAGUGAGGGAAUACUGAGGACUGAAAUGAGGUUUGCUAAAGAUUCCAGUUACAAGUCUUUCUAUUCCUCUCGAGACCCUCCAACAGUAACCGAGCUUGGCCAGCCCGUGUAUGUGGAGGUCUUUGUCCUCAAACAUGAGGACAAGGAUUUAGUGCUGCUGCUAGAGGACUGCUGGGCGACGCCAACUAAAAACCCACAUGACCCACAGAGAUGGAACCUGCUUGUUAAAGGAUGUCCUUUCAGUGGUGAUAGCCACAGAACUGUUGUGUUGCCAGUUGUUUACAGUAAGGAGCUGAAAAAUCCCUCUCUUCAUAAAUGGUUUGUGGUUAAGCUGUUCUCAUUUGUGAAGCCCCCGACAUUUGAAAGCCUGGUAUAUUUCCACUGUGAUAUAGAGAUCUGUAAAGGACAACAUUGCUUACAGACCUGCAGCAGUGGAAAGCGUAAAUUAAGAAGAAUCACACCAGGGCCAAGACAGAGGAUUCUUCAUAGUGUUGUCUCAGGUGGACCUCUUCUUUAUCUGCUGUAGCCAAAUAACCAGAGGAGGGAUGCCAUUUCAAGUCAUAUUUGGAAGCACAAAUCAGUCAAGAACUGUGUGUGAUUUUUACUGAAAAUAAACACAUAAUAUACUAUAAUGGCCUUAAGUAGGCAGAUGUCUUUUGGUAGCGGGGAAGGCUUUUAUUAUAUAACAUAAAUGUUGUUGUAGUAGUGGUAAUAAAUAUCCUUCCUUUUUUCAUCGCUGUAAUGGCUCUUGUUUAUUGUGGGUGGUUGUGAAAAAUUGUGUGUACUUACGUUGGUGGGCUCGAAGUGAAGACCUCAGAGGACACAGGCUGUAAUCAAUUUGCUGCACUUUGGGAAAAUUGCACAUCCACAAAUAUUAAAUGCAUAAAUAAUAAUAAAAUAAUUAAAUUACUUGUUCUGGGCAUAUGAACAGUUUCACUUAA